CAGUGCGGCAGCGACAGCGCUGCGAACAACAGCUGAUCGCUGUGUGGAUGUGUGCUGUGUGUGUGUAGUGUUGUGUGUGUGUUAGUGUCAUCGUACUGUUCGUCAGUUUACGUUUCCAGAUCACAUGGCCAACAGACACCGCCAACAUGACGCGAGAUGGUCUCCAUUAAGGCAUGAUCCUGGGUUCUGCGGUCCCCAGAAACACCGUUCCUGUACAGACGUUAUCUGCCUUUUUCUAUUCAUCGCUUUCAUAGCAGCUUGGGGCUUCUUAGCACUAUUUGCAUUCAACAAUGGAGACCCUUAUAAGCUUUUCAAGCCGGUGGAUCUGUAUGGACAUCGCUGUGGAGAGACAGAUAGAGCCGACAAGCCAGAGUUAUUCUUCUUCGACAUCAAGGCCUGCAUCAACGCAGAGUCGUUAUGGAGUGGCUGCAAAACACCCCAGAUCUGUGUACAGUCAUGUCCCAGCGAGACGUGGGUGGCUGAGAAGUAUUUGUCGGGUGGGGCUCCGUUUGACAGAGCAGACGUACAGAAGCAUCUGAUCUGCAUCGAUAGCAGCAUUCCGUCCACCGUCACCAACCGUGACAAGCUCAAAGAUGUGAUAGACAAGCAGGCGUGUGCUAGUUGGUACAUCCCUAGCCAGUCGGCUUAUCACCGAUGCAUUCCUAAUCUUGGCCUAAACUACACUGCACUAGCAGACACAUACACAAGGCAAAAUAUUAACGUAACAUUCAACAAUGAAGUAGUGAAGAAGUCAUAUGAAGCCUUGAUGUCUAUUGACGAAUUCAAGCAGUUCUACCAAGAUGUGUUAAACGACUUGACCAAUGUUUGGCAGUAUUUAGUGAUUUUCAGCCUCGCUGCCUUAGUCAUUAGUUUGUUUUACAUUGUAUUACUACGAUUUAUCUCCGGAUUCGUUGUGUGGGCCUCCAUCUUAGCAUUGGUUGUACUGUUUACCACAGGUAUAUACUACAGCUAUAUCAACUACAGGUUUUUAAAAGCCCACCCUACAGGACGGCUGGUACCAGACAGUAACACUUUGGAGGGUAAAGUCAAUCAGCUGUUUAACAGAUGGGAGUUCUGGGCUCUGUUGCUCGGAGUCUGCUCUGUGUUCCUUCUUCUUAUUCUGAUCAUCAUAACUUUCCUCAGAAGCAGGAUCUACAUUGCAACAGCUCUGAUCAAGGAAGGCAGCAGGGCUGUAUGCAGCUCAAUUCUCUCACUAUUCUUCCCAUUGGUGCCGUGGGCAUUGCAGUUAAGUGUGCUGCUAUACUCUGUUACGGUCUUCCUCUUUUUGUACUCCAUGGGCUCCAACAUGUACAGAAUCGAAGGGCUGGACGAUUCCUGCAAUUGUACAGGAGCUUACCAGAACAUUAAGAACAACGACACAUGUACUUACGCGGAGUUCAACAGAUUCUGUCACCAGAAAGGGGAGCCUACUUCACACUGCUACACUGCAGGGUGUGCCAUUAACGGUCUCAACUCCAGCAACAUCGUCACCUAUAUGCAGCUUUACAACUUGUUUGGCUUCUUCUGGGGCGCCUGGUUCAUCAGUGGACUGUCACAGAUGAUUCUAGCAGGAACGUUUGCUACCUGGUACUGGACAUUUCACAAACGCAACGUUCCAUUCUUUGUGCUUACACGGUCAAUCUUUCGAACCUUGUGGUACCACAUGGGGACAGUUGCUUUCGGUUCUUUGAUCGUAGCAAUCUGUAGUUUUAUUCGAGCAUUGAUUGAAAUUGCUGAGAAGAAAGUCAAGAAAUAUGAUAACCCAAUAACAAAAGCAAUAUUUUGCUGUUGCAAAUGCUUUUUCUGGUGCCUAGAAAAGUUCCUAUGUUUUAUCAAUCGUAAUGCAUACAUCAUGUGUGCUAUUCACGGCAGAAAUUUCUGCACUUCGGCCAAAGAUGCUUUUGAGCUGCUCAUGCGAAACGCACUCCGCGUCAUUUUUGUUGAUAAGGUAACAGACUUCCUAUUUUUCCUGGGCAAGGUGCUGGUCACGUCUGUCCUGGUUGUGAUGGCAGGACUAGUGUUUACUGGUCCGGUACGCAAGCUGGAUGACUCCGGACAAGACGUCACUCUGGCGUACCCCUGGGUACCGAUGGCCAUCGUCGGAGUCAUGACUUACCUCAUAGUCACUCUGUUCUUCACCGUUUACUCUGUUGCGGUCGACACACUCUUCCUUUGUUUCUUGGAAGACUGCGAAAGAAACGACGGAUCAGUGGAGAAGCCGUACUUUAUGUCAAAACAACUGAUGAAGAUACUUGGAAAGAAAAACAAAAAGAUGUAAAAAUUAGUUUUAUGAUACAGGGUUGUGAUAUAUUUAUAUACCAAAGCUAGGCUGAAGCAUACCAUUUUAUACCAUUACAAAACUUGUUAAUAUUAAUUUGUUAAUAUUUUUACGCUUAUUAUAAAUUUGUAAAUAUUUAAAA